AGUACGAGAGCAGUCGGCGUGUCGUAAUGCGUGGUUUUCUAAUAGUGUAGUGAAUACCAAGGACCGGCCGAUAUAAAUGUGUGUAAUGUCGUGCUGAUAUUUACAGUAUCAGCUGUUUGGGAACGACCCUGGUGGUUUACUGACGAGCCACAUAUCGUUGGUUGUUGGUUUUUUUUUGUUGUUUGUUUGUUUUUUGUUCCUUCUAAUUUAGCUCCGUUAAAUUAGCUUGCGUUACUUCCCAGCCGGUUGAAUCGUCCGCUGCACUCGCCAAGAGCCAGCCACGUCUCACACCUGAUACUGAAGACAGGACGCGGACAUUAACAGAUUCGCAGAAGAGUUGGAGAAAUUCAGAAUGACGGGCAAAUCAGUCAAAGAUGUGGACCGAUAUCAAACUGUCCUCAACUCCUUGCUCGCUCUGGAGGAAAACAAGUUUUGUGCGGAUUGUCGAGCCAAAGGCCCCAGAUGGGCAUCCUGGAAUUUGGGAAUCUUCAUCUGUAUCCGUUGUGCAGGAAUCCACCGGAAUCUUGGUGUACACAUAUCCCGGGUCAAAUCCGUCAACCUGGAUGAAUGGACCCAGGAACAAAUUCAGAGCGUGCAGGAAAUGGGCAAUGCCAAGGCAAGGCGUCUUUAUGAGGCCUUUUUACCAGAGUGCUUCCAGAGGCCAGAGACAGACCAAUCGGCUGAGGGCUUUAUCCGGGACAAGUAUGAAAAGAAAAAAUACAUGGACAAGUGCAUUGACAUCCAGGCUUUCAGAAAGGAGAAGGGGGAGACUGUAACAAAAGAGGCGCCUGUUGUUUUUGAGAAAAUGAAGCUGAAGAGGGAGGAGCCUCAGCAAUUCAAGAACAGCCCAAAGAAACAGUCCCAGUCAGUAAAUGACCUUUUAGGACUAGAUGCCCCUGCUCCUCUGGCUGCUGUAGCCAGUGGGAAGGCCACCCCUGAGCAGAGCCCUGCAUUGGAUUUGUUCAGCUCCCUGCAGGCUGCUAGCUCGACUUCUGCCCGGAACACACCUGGCUCUGGGUCAGGCUCCUCCUCUGGUUCCUCCUCCAGCUCCAUGCCAAAAGGGCGCGUGGCAGCAUCAGUGCCAGAGAACCUCAGCCUCUUUCUGGACCCACCCACCAAAAAUGAGGAAAGCAGCAAGAAGUUGUCGAAAGACUCCAUCCUGUCCCUGUACAGUAGUGUAACACCGCAGACAAAUAUAGCUGCUCACGCUGGACUGUACGUGGGAGCAACUCCUAUGGGCUAUGCCCCUGCACCUGGAUACGGCCAAUACCAGGCUCUGGCCGCCCAGCAGGGCAUGAUGGGGACUGUGAUGGCCCCACAGAUGACCAUGCUGGGGCAGGCGGGAGUGAUGGCACAGCCGGCAGUGGCCCCCGCUCCAUACAUGGCAGGGGUACCGGGGGGCAUGAUGGGGUUGCAGGGGGGCAUGAUGGGGGGCAUGGGGGCCCUACCUCAGCAGCCCUAUGGAGUACAACAGGCCCAGCAAAUGCAAUGGAAUAUCACACAGAUGACUCAACACAUGGCGGGUAUGAACUUUUAUGGAGCCAACGGCAUGAUGGGAUACGGGCAGCCCAUGGGAGGGACGGCGGAUCCUGGCACCAAUCAUAUGCUUGGCUCGCAUGUGUGGAAGUGAGAGCACAUCAGGAGGAUGUGGUGUUACAGUGGGUGGACUCCAGCGCACUGCAGUAAACCACACAAGUGAAUGAUCUGUGCACACUCUUCUCCAGAUAUUCACAGAGUUGUCACCUGUGAACAGGGAAUGUAUUUAUAAUUAGGGCAACAAACUUACGAGGAAGAGUUUCUACCUCCCCUGUUUUCAGAGCCAUUUUCCUGCCUGGAGACCCAGAGAUGAUGUGGCUGGUGUACAGCACCUCUGUCCCCUCCACUAUGGCAGCCUGCUGCACCGGGUCUUGCCAUGGUCGUCAGCUACCCUCUUCCAGCCUCCGCUGUCACCUCCGCUCACUUCCAUUACAUACAACAAAGUCUGAUUGCAUGUGGGUUGGGAAAAUGUACCUCAGUCAUUGGGUUAUGUUUUCAGAAUUUGGAACAGCUUUGGACCUGUUGAUGUCCACUUUCUUUCAUUAUAGCUGUUGUCUUUUUGUAACGCAUCAAUUAAUGCUACACAUUUAUAAACACAUAUAAACAUGCAUGCACUGAUUGUCAACCUACAUGCAUAAGGUGAAACGGAUUGUCUGUUAAGCAACGAGACACCAUUGAAAACCAUCUAGGUUUUUCUGCCUUGCAUAAUGUGUUACUGCUGUUUCAGUCUGGAGCAGUGCUCCAGUCGAUCGCUGCUCUACCCCUUGCUGUGGCUGCUGAAGUUUAGAAGAGAGGUGUACAUUAUAUGGACCCUCUCUCCCCAUGUGACCCAGGGGUCUGCUGGCCAGCUGUAGUGUGUCUACACUCUGCUUGUCUUGUCCUCACAUGCUCUCAGCUCAGGAGUUUCACAGGUAGGCAGGGAAAGAUGACAGCUCGCACAUCAAGCUGAUAUGAUUAGCUCUAAUGAGAGAUGUUUGUGUCUUAGCCAAAGAUUUUCAGUAAAUGAGUUAGCCAAACAAUCCUGGAUUUAAAUGUCUGCAGAAAAAGAUAUUACAUGCUCAACAAGCUGUUAAUUAGUCCUGUGAUGUACUUAUCUGAUUGUAUCUGAUCCAGAUUCACCUCAAAUACCACUUCUGAUUGUAUAAACUGAGCACUGUCUUUUCCUUCACUGUGGGUGGUUCAGUGGUGCUUUCUAACUGUUGAGGGUCAGACUUCUUAGGUGACUAACUGCAGGGUUUUAAUAGAUCAACUGUACCUCUGCUUCAGUCUGUAUGGAAACUAAAUGAAUCUCUUACUUACCAUCUCUCCUUCAGACAGUAGCCUUCUGCAGUUUUAUUUUAGGUUCGUCAGAGUUGGCAUUCUAAUAGCAGACUCUGGAGUAGACGGGCUCCUUUAUUAAGCAUUCCAGACUCCUCUGAACUUGUUCACGUGCAUGUGGUGCCAUGUGUAGCUAUAGACAUGUCUGCCUUGUGACAGUAUGUACAAGCUAAUGGGUUAUGAAGGGCAUACAAGCAUGGUAAACAAAGCAGACUGCUGUAAAGCAAUGCUACUCUAAAUGGAUUUAGCAAUUUGAUUAGUUUGUACUUUGACAAAAGCAGAUGCUCAGUCACAUAAGUCAUUGCUCUCUCUCUCUCGCUCGCUCGCUCACUCGCUCGCUCUCUCUGUCUCUAUUGCUCGUCGUCUGUGACUGAUUUGUGAAUACAUACCACUGCCCCUAGUGGCUGAGGGUCAGGACAUUAAGAAUGAAAUGUGCAAAGUUGCUGAAUGUUUUCUGCUGUAUAUUUGUGUUAACUGCUGUUAAAUAUGCUGCAAUUUCCCCCUUUUUGCAUUCAUUUUUUACCAUAAAAUAGGAAUAAACUUUAAUGUACACACAUUCCAAGUUAAUUAUUUAGACAUUGUACAUAAUGUUUAUAUGUCUUCUUGAAUAUUUACUUCCUCAGAAUCACUGGUAUAACAUAUUAAUGAAGAAGCAUGCAUGCGUGUGAUGGUAUAGUCAGAGAUAUGAACCAAUAAUAUUGCAGUUUGGAGGAGAAGCACUUCAGAAUGUUAAGUCAUUCCAUGAGAAAAGUAUUUUUGCACAAAUUGUCCUAUUUCUGAUUGGCUUUGUUUUCUGUCAGGCCAAGCCCUAAGCAGGCACCACUGAAUGUUGAAAGUAUUUGUCUCUAGCAGGAUAAAAGGGUACUAGGGUUGAUCAGCUUAGAGGAAGAAGGGUUCCUGGGUGGUCUUAAUAUUUCUGACAGUUUAAAGUCGCUUUACCUUGCAGUGACAAUUUACUCAGCUUCAGCACUUAUUAUUUUUAUUAAUACAUAAAGCAAUAUUGCAAAAAAGUGUAUAAGUGGAGGAUGCUAGCCUGUUUAAAAUCUUUUUAGUGUAUAAUUGACUGUUUGUCUCAUCAGCCAUUUGCAAGAAACAACUCUGUAAGAAAAAGCAACAACUUCAAAUGUCAUCCAUACUCUACACUGUUUGUACUGCAUUAUUGAUGUAUUCUGCAAAUGUAGACUGAAUGUCAUUAAACACAUGUGCACAGCACAAAGCCCAGCAGUCUGAUAUGCGUUAGACUUUAAUGCUAAGUAAAAAGAUUAAGAAAGGUUUUCAUUGGUGCAUAACUGCAGAUUGAUGAUUCAUUCCCCAUUUUCCAAAAAACAUUCUUCAAAGAAGCUACCUAAAUGUUUCUGAGCAGUGGGUGACCACAUGUACAUGGCCUCAUGCUGGAGCAGACAAGUUUGACUAAGGUGUGGUCUUGUUCCCUUUGGUAAAAUUGGUGCUAAAGCGUGGUCAGCCCAUAUGACUUGAACUAAGGAGUUGAUGUUGGAAUAUUUCUGUUUUCUUGGAAUUGCCAGUAUCAAAGUGAAUCAAAAAGGGAGCAUUUAUAAUCCUUAAUGUCAAAGUAUUAUUACUAUUAUUAUUAUGAUGACAUGGUUCACAGUUAUCAAUACAUGCAUUUGUGGAUUAUUUAUAAUCUGUAGCUAAUGCUUAAUUAUGUCUGCUUUGUUUUGAUAUGUUUUAGGAUAUUGAAAAUGUGUAUAUAACAAAGACUCGAAGCAAACCGAGUAAUAAAUAUCUUUUAUCUGCAA